AGUCCGCGUCGGAGAGUCGCCCGCGACGCUUGUCUGCGAACUCGAUCCCUCAGAUACGCUGCUGGUUUACGGCGAGCCGUAACACGACACGUUUGGAGGGACCGCCGCUGCUUCGCGUGUGCCUGGUGCUCUGUGAACACUGGAUUCUGUGCUACAAGUGUUUGUGACAAUGUACAUGUGCUGAUUUACCAAGUUACCGUCUACAUAUAGGAUUUUGACGACGCAACCAGUUCCGGAUCAGCUCAGCCGACACAGUCGUGAUGAAAGUUGUCAGUCUUCAAUUGCCGUCGGGGCCGAGCAUGGAGCGGCUGCCGCUACCAUUCAGUCCAACGGAGUUACUAUGGCGAUACCCCCUACCAUGGGCCCCGCCACCGCCUUCACCACUCGGUGAUGCGAAGGCCCAACUGCCGGCUGGUCUUCCUCCAGAACCAAGAUUAUGGACUAGGGAAGACGUUGCAGUUUUCCUGAAAUGGUGCGAAAGGGAAUUCGAUUUGCCGAAUUUCGAUAUGGAUCUCUUCCAAAUGAAUGGAAAGGCUUUGUGUCUUUUAACAAAAACUGACUUGGGCGAACGCUGUCCUGGUGCUGGAGAUGUACUACAUAAUGUUCUGCAAAUGCUAGUAAGAGAUGCAGCAUUGCUCGGAAGAGUACCAUCGUCUCCAGUGACACCUACAGCUCGUGCAGCGCCUUACCCACCAUCCCCACAUUCUCAUCCCCCAACUCCAACAUGGGCCGUCGACAGCUUUCACCAUUUCCACAGCGCUGCUGCAGCGGCUGCUCAGCCAAAUUCUGUGACUUUAAGUCCAGCGCCAUCAGUAGAUAGUUCAGGAAGCCCACAACGAGGAGAAGCUGUUAAUUAUGCCCCUAACUAUGCACCAUCUAUACCUGCUACUACUCAGGCGGCAAGUUCAGGAAGUAAUCAUUCAGAUUCAGAUGAAGAAGCCCAAUUCGCGCCACCACCACGAUCCCCUAAGGAUGCGCCACUAUCUAGCCCCGCACCGCAGCCUCACCCAGCGCCACAGCACUCACAUUACCGAGCUCAACAUAGGGAAUUCUUCCCGAACGACAUGCCGGAGUCCAAUACAAAUGGAAGAUUACUUUGGGACUUCCUACAACAGCUACUAAAUGAUCCUUCUCAGCGAUACACUAACUACAUUGCAUGGAAAAAUAGAGAAACAGGCGUGUUUAAAAUAGUAGAUCCUGCUGGACUAGCAAAACUGUGGGGAAUCCAGAAGAAUCACCUUUCCAUGAAUUACGACAAAAUGUCACGAGCUUUGAGAUACUACUACCGUGUGAAUAUCCUGCGGAAAGUGCAAGGCGAAAGACAUUGCUACCAGUUUUUAAGAAAUCCAACUGAACUGAAGAACAUCAAGAACAUUUCAUUGCUACGGCAACAAAUGAGUCCGACGAGAGUGGUGCCUCAAGCUGUCGUUAAAACUGAAAUGAAGGAAGAACGUUGUGACGAAGAACCCGUAGAUGAAGACAUGCCUACUGACCUAAGUAUGGCAGCGUCAGAGCCGUGGCGGAAGCGUGCGCGACCGGAUCCCAAUCCAGUUCAGCCGCACCAUGAUAAACACCACAUAAGUGCUCUUAUUGGUGAAAACAUGAUGAUGAAGCGGGAAUCAGAGUACGCCUCUGAACAUUACGCGCUUAAUCUAAAAAGUGAAAAAUGUGAACAAUGAUUACAAAAGACUUGAAUCGUGGGACACUUAACAGUGCAAAACGCAAUUUUUGCAUAUUCAGUAUGCAACCAGCUCCACCCACUAAAAUUCUAGUCAAAUUCCUCUCAGAAAGGAUAUUUAAGUCUUCCUCUAAAAAAUAUUAACGUACUUGAUGAACAAUUAUUAACUGAGAGUACUUUGACAGAUUUAGGAUGGUCAUUGGAGUUUAACAGGGUAUGGACCUUAAUGAUGCCUUUGUGCCAAGUGAUUUUUAUACCUAAUAGUGUCAAUUAUCUAUCUAAAUAGUUAGCAAAAGGGACGAGAGUUUAUUUGUGUUAAAGUCAUAAAAUAUUACCUAUAAGAUUUGUGCAAUGGACUAUUACUUAACUGUUGACUGAGAUUUAGCAGUUACUGGAAAUUGCCACAACUCUGUAUCUAUCCAUGUUACGUGCGUAAUGCGCACUCGAUUAAUGCAUUUGCGUAAUUUAAUUAGUUUUAUGAGUGUUUUAUAUUUUUGUUUAGAUUUGCUAAAAAGAGAAGAUAUAAUCCAAAAGAACUCAAAGGAUUGAAAUUUAAGAAUAUUAUCAUAAUUUAACGUCGUCUUCCAUUCGUUCUUUUUGGCAAACCUUCAAUUGUAGCAUGUGAAAUGUAAUUACUAUAACAUCUACCACAUAAAUGCAAAAUAAUGUAUUAGGCAGCUUUUGGUUUGUAAAGAAAUAUAUAAAAAUUAUUAAUAUAAAAAAGACAAUAAAAUGUCAAAUAUUUUAAAAUGAAAAUGCCUUGAAAUCAAUAAAACACACCCACUGUGAUAAAAAAUAAAGUGGUAGACAUACUACGAUAGGGAUUUUACUCAAAGAUUUCCAGCUACAAUUUUCUGUGAUCUCUUUUAUCAAUGUAGGUAGGUAGUUAGAUGUUAUAGAGUAAAAAUGUCUUUGUAAAUAUUAAUUUAGUUAAGAUUUAAGAAACUGACUGUAAAGAGAGUGUAUGUAUGAUUUGUAAAACAAAAAGUGGAGCUUUAUCAAAGUACCUAGUAUAUCCGUAAGUUCUAAUAACAUUUGAGUUUGUAUUUUUACAUUUAUUUGUAUUUGGCAUAAUGCCAAAAUUUCCAACUUGAUGUACACAAUACAAUAAACAUAAAGUUUCACGUUUAUAAUUGUGUCAGAUUUAUUAUAACUUAAAAUAAAUGAGAAAAUAAUUAUGUGUAAA